AUGCCAGGUUUGAAUCCUGCUGCUUUUGCGGCAGAUUUUAGUGAAUCUUCAGCUACUCUUCAUCAGCAACUCCCGGCAGAGACGAGGCGGGCGGAGCAAGGGCGGGCGGCCGGCGAGCGCGCGGAGCAAGGGCGGACGGCGGCGCGGCCUCGAGCUCGGGCGCGGCAGAGGCCCUCGCGGGGCGCGGCGACUGGGGGCCGCCGAGCGCACUACGGGGGAGCGGGCGCUCGUCGGGCGGCGAGCGCGCUGCGGGUGGCGCGUGGCAGCCGCGGCGGAUCGAUCCCCUUCCUCUCCCUCUCUCCCUCCCUCUCUGUCUGGCGGAGGAGGAGCUGCAGCGCCGAGCUGUGCGCCGGUCAGCCGCAUCGAGUCACCACGCCGCCGAGCCUCCCGCUAGGCCGCCACGCCGUCGGUCCGCCUGCGCCACCGCGCCACGCCGAGCUACCCGCCGGGCCGCCGCGGAGAAGAACGGAGGAGGAGGAGCCGCAAAGUCGACCUGCCCGACGAGUACCCGCGCCGAGCCACCACGACGCUGCGCUUCUUGCCCAGCUCCGUGCCCCCGAACAAAUCCUACUACUCGACGGCGAUCAUGGCGAAGGACGCCUUGGCCUUGAUGGUUCAUUUGGGGUGGAAGAAAGCACAUGUCUUUGGCCACUUUAUGGGAAUGUGUCAAGGGCAUAUCUUCAGCAGGAAUGCAAUCUAAUUGUGGUCUUGAAGGGCAAGUUAAUGCAUGCUGGACUCACAACAUGAUGACAACAAAAGAAUUAGAGACAAUACGCUCUGCCGGUUUUCUAAUUUUAGUUAUUCAUGGAAGGUUAGUUUCUCUAACAGCAGAUAUUAUAUUCAGAGAAUGGUACCAUUUUACUUGACUUACAUAAUAUGCACGUACGAUAUAACUGCACAAUUGUGCAAUGCAAAACAUCUAGCAGAAAGGCUUCUUCCUACUGCUAGAAUGGUACAACUUCAUGGUGCAGCUCGUCUAUCUUGCCACUUGCCGAGCCCUCAGUUGUAGCCAUGUAUGUCCCCUUCUACCCACCACUGUCUAUUAAGAGCACAUAUGCACAGCAAGUGUUCGCUAUUUUGCCUCUAUGAGAUCAUUGCUCAGUUUGAACCUGGAACAUAUGUACAAAUGACUGCUAUUAUAUUCAUCACCUACAAAUGGAUAUGGACCAUUCCAUUAGCUUAAAUGAUACAUACAGUGUGUGUAUAGUUUUAUCGACUCAUAAAUACUUUUAACCGCCAACUCUGGUCUCCACAACUUUGGAUUA